CGUUCCCACCGUGACAUGGUCCCCAGGUGGAGCUGGUGCCUUCGUUCGUCCGCGUGCAUUGUCGCCACAUCUGCAGAGACGUGCGGUGGACACAGAUCAGGCCGGACCCAGACGCGCUUCAGCCAGGAGCCGGCCGACCAGACGGUGGUGGCGGGACAGCGGGCCGUGCUCCCCUGCGUGCUGGUCAACUACUCGGGCAUCGUGCAAUGGACCAAGGAUGGGCUGGCACUGGGCAUGGGCCAGGGCCUCAAAGCCUGGCCACGGUACCGGGUCGUGGGCUCCGCGGACGCCGGGCAGUACAACCUGGAGAUCAGCGACGCCGAGCUGUCUGACGACGCCUCCUACGAGUGCCAGGCCACGGAGGCCGCCCUGCGCUCGCGGCGGGCCAAGCUCACCGUGCUCAUCCCCCCAGAGGACACCAGGAUCGACGGCGGCCCUGUGAUUCUGCUGCAAGCGGGCACCCCCCACAAUCUCACAUGCCGAGCCUUCAACGCCAAGCCGGCCGCCACCAUCAUCUGGUUCCGGGAUGGGACGCAGCAGGAGGGCGCUGUGGCCAGCACGGAACUGCUGAAGGAUGGGAAGAGGGAGACCACCAUUAGCCAGCUGCUAAUUAACCCCACAGACCUGGACAUCGGGCGUGUCUUCACCUGCCGCAGCGUGAACGAGGCCAUCCCCACUGGCAAGGAGACUUCCAUCGAGCUCGACGUGCACCACCCCCCCACGGUGACCCUGUCCAUCGAGCCACAGACGGUACAGGAGGGUGAGCGUGUCGUCUUCACGUGCCAGGCCACAGCCAACCCCGAGAUCCUGGGUUACAGGUGGGCCAAGGGUGGCUUCUUGAUUGAAGAUGCCCACGAGAGUCGCUAUGAGACAAAUGUCGACUAUUCCUUCUUCACGGAGCCUGUGUCCUGUGAGGUUCACAACAAAGUGGGCAGCACCAACGUCAGCACCUUAGUAAACGUCCACUUUGCCCCCCGGAUCGUAGUUGACCCCAAACCCACGACCACAGAUAUUGGCUCUGAUGUGACCCUCACCUGUGUCUGGGUGGGGAAUCCCCCUCUCACCCUCACCUGGACCAAAAAGGAUUCAAACAUGGUCCUGAGUAACAGCAACCAGCUGCUGCUGAAGUCAGUGAGCCAGGCCGACGCGGGCACGUACACCUGCAGGGCCAUCGUGCCCCGGAUUGGCGUGGCUGAGCGGGAGGUGCCCCUCUACGUGAACGGGCCCCCCAUCAUCUCCAGCGAGGCGGUGCAGUACGCCGUCAGGGGCGACGGUGGCAAGGUGGAGUGUUUCAUCGGGAGCACGCCGCCCCCGGACCGCAUCGCCUGGGCAUGGAAGGAGAACUUCCUGGAGGUGGGAACCCUGGAGCGCUACACGGUGGAAAGGACCAACUCGGGCAGCGGGGUGCUGUCCACGCUCACCAUCAGCAAUGUCAUGGAGGCCGACUUUCAGACGCACUACAACUGCACGGCCUGGAACAGCUUCGGGCCUGGCACGGCCAUCAUCCAGUUGGAAGAGCGAGAGGUGCUGCCCGUGGGCAUCAUCGCCGGGGCCACCAUCGGUGCGGGCAUCCUACUCACCUUCUUCUUCAUCGCCUUGGUGUUCUUCCUCUACCGACGGCGCAAAGGCAGUCGCAAGGACGUGACCCUGAGGAAGCUGGACAUCAAGGUGGAGACUGUAAACCGCGAGCCACUCACGAUGCACUCGGAUCGGGAGGAUGACACUGCCAGCGUGUCCACGGCCACUCGGGUCAUGAAGGCCAUCUACUCGGUGAGGGUGCUCUCCUCCCGGCCUACUCCCCUCUGCAUGUUCUGGGGACACCUGCCCCAGCUCUACUACGCGCAGCUCAGCACGUACAGCCGUGCGCCCGCGUCCGACUUCCCCGAACCCGCCGCCCCCGGGCCCGCCGCCCCCGCCGGCGCCGACUCGGCCGGUACGCUGUCCUAUGAGAACUACGACAAGUUCAACCCGCACCCCUUCCCCGCGGCGGCGGGCUACCCCACCUACCGACUGGGCUACCCCCAGGCGCCGCCGUCGGGCCUGGAGCGGACCCCGUUCGAGGCGUACGACCCGAUCGGCAAGUACGCCACGGCCACCCGCUUCUCCUACACCUCGCAGCACUCGGACUACGGGCAGCGGUUCCAGCAGCGCAUGCAGACUCACGUGUAAGCCCGGAGCCCGGCCGGGCGCCUCUGCGGGGCAGAGGACGAGGCUCUCACAGCCGUUCCCUGAUAUUCAGGGGCGUUGCGCGUUGCUCCCGGCCCGGACCAGCCUUCCUCCUCCGCUGUCGCCUGGCAGGUGGGGAGCAGGUCUCCCGGAAACACCCCGUCCCGAGGAUGGUGCUCUGUGCAUGCCCCAGCCUCCCGGGCCUGCCCUUCCCUCUUCCUCGGGAGGACGUGUCUCUUCUGACCUGCGCUCUGGCCUGGCCCCGGCGUGGGGACAGGGAAGCGAAGGUUGUGGAGAGCAGAGGGGGCACUUUUUAGCAUUCCCAUUCCACGCCACCCCUCUGGUCUCCCCUAAGUGGACAGGGCUGUGUGACGAUGAGCAGGCGUUGGCUUAGGGGGACAAGCUA